AUGCUUCAACUUCGGGUCCUUGGGCUUCUGCUCGCUUUAGCCAGCAACUUGGUGCUAUGUGCCUGUCAGCAAAGCACCUCUUUCCCCAAACAGCUUGCGGUCAUUCGACGUCGAUCCGGCUUGACACACAAAGAGUAUCUUGAGUACCACACUUUGGUACACGGUCAGAAGUCCUGGAACGCGCCCCACGACAACGCGUGGCCCAUCGCGUACACCCAGAACCAUGUCUUUGACGGAGUCUUUGGCGCGAACAACACCGUCGCGAACCAGAUCUACGUCGGACGCGAUGAUGUGAACGAACUUUACAGCAGCGCCGCCGACAGCUUUACCUCCCCUCCGCCGACGAACUACACAGAGACCGUGAUUGGACCCGACGGGGUCAACUUCAACGAUAUGCCAACGGCGAUGUCGAUGCUGGCCACCGAGACCUUCCUGACUGGCAUUGCCGCUGGCGCGAAGCCUGCUGAUAACAAGCCGCCUCUGGUAGCUUGGUUCUGGGCGAUUGCUACGAAGGAGGCAACGUCUAACGAGACCUUCGCGAACACCCUUGCCGACACGCUCGUAAAGGCGAUCCCGGCCGGUACCGUGUACAAUGCGAGCGUCCAUGUUCCCGUUCCCGGCGGAGAUCUCCGACCUUACUUUGGUGGCCAAACAAUGCCUACCAUCAACGCGGUUAUCAAGUUGUGGCUGGGCGAAAGCGACUCUUCAAUCUCGGCAGUGCGCACUGCCCAAACGCAACUCGACAAUGCCAAGCUUCAGCUUGACGAGAAUCAGUCUUUCAUGCUUUUCUCAAGAGAGGUUGUUAUCUGGGACAUGAGGAAGAGCAUUGAGUUUGAUCAAGCUCGUCUUACCGCAACGGUCAAGGCAGAGACCGUUUUGUGA